AUGAUCACUGGACUUAUCUUUAUUAUUCUUUUUUUCUUGGUUCAUCUUCAAGCAGAAUGCCCUCCAGAGGAAUUAAUAGGGAUGGAUCUUACUCAAGAAGGUAAUUGUGAAAUGGAUUCAUUUUUGGUGAGCGAGUCAAUAUUUAAAAUGGAAGGUGAUGUGGAAUUGAUCAUAAACAAAAUAAUGAAAAUAGAGUAUGGUUCAGAAAUUGACUUGAAAGGAGAUUCCAUUUUGAGAAGUCAAGAACAAAUGACACUUGAUUUUGGAAACAAUGCAAAACUCUUGGACAAUUCAUAUUUAUAUGUCAACACUAUUUUAGUGGCUGGAACAAACUGUAUGACACUUGAAAACACUUCCAAGUUCUAUUCAAAAAAGGAAGUCAAUCUAACUUCAAGUGAUUUGAAUUUAACAAACAACAGUUUCUCAAACUUUGAAGCUCUUAGUGUUGGCUUUAAAUCAAAAAUAACAAUACUUUCAAAUUCUUCUUUAUUCGUUUCCACUUUGUUCAAUGCCGAAACAAAAACAAGUAAUUUGUAUUUUGAAAGUUUCAACAGAAGAAUAAAUAUUAAGGCUGGAUCAUUAAAACUUGGAGGGACUUUGACUAUUGAUGAAAAGAGUUCAAUACAAUCUGAAAUGGUUGAAAUAAUGAAGGGGGGUUCAGUGACUGUUUCUCUCCAAAGAAAUGUUCAUGAUGUUGCAUUAUUUAUAAUCAAUGAAAGCUUGAUAAUACUUGAAGAUUUUGAAAUGAAUCAUGACAAAGAGUUUGACUUUGCACUCUUUACUCAACCAUUUAACAUUUCUACACUUCCACUAGGAUUCAAUAUGCUUGCAGACAACCACCUUUUAAGAUUUGGAGAUUCUCAAGAUGUGUUUUGUCAUCUUAAUGGAACAACAAUGGAAGCAUCACAUUUUGUUGAAUCAUUUUGUCCGUGUAAUGGAUGUUAUAUUACUCCUCUUGAAUUUAUUAAACAGAUUCAAGUUCACUUAAGGGAGCUUCCUUCGAUGAGAUACUCAAUAAACCCAUCAGAAAAUGACAUUAUCACCUUUGGAAAUGUAGUGUUUUCAUUGGUUCAUGUUCAAAGUUUUGUAUUCUCAAUAGAAUCCAAUUUUAGUGUCGAUGUGACAACACAAAAUCUAUCAAAGGAUGUUGUAGUGAUAGCGAAAAAUGUAUUUGAAUACAAUGGUGUUCAGUGUACUAUUGGCCAUUUCAAAGGUGGAACAUUCAAAUGUGAUUUUGUUGAAGAGUGUAUUGUGGGUGGUCUCAAUGAAUUACAAGUAUGUGUUCCAUGUCUCAAAACGGGGUGUAUUCAUUGUCAAGGUGAAAACGGCAAAUGUCUGAAAUGUUCAGAUGGUUAUUAUUUGGACGAAGGGAAUUGCAGACUGCACUUGAAGUGUCUUUUUGAUGAAAGAGGUUUUUGCAAUAAAUGUUCUGAUGGGUUUAGUUUGGAAAGCAAUUCGUGUAUUCCAACAAAGGAAGAUGGAUGUCAGUUGAAAUUAAACAAAAAGGAAUGUAUUCUGUGUGACACAACAAAGCGUUUGAUAAAUGAACAUGGUAUAUGUAUUGAUGCACCCCCAAAUGCAAUAGACAUCAGUCAAUCUUCGACUGUAUCUUGUCAACUUGGGUAUUUUACAAAUGGCAUCAAUUGUGUGAAAUGUAAUGAGACUUAUUCGGGAAGUAAUUUGUGCGAGAAUGGAAGAAUAAUUUCGUGUAGAGACAAUAAUGAAUUAUCACAAGACAAAACGUGUAAUUUGAAGAGCUGUGAAAAAGAAGAAAACGACGAGAAAGAUGAAAAUGGGGUGUGUGAAAAAGGAAAAGAGAAUUGCAAGACAAUAUUAAAUGGGAAAUGCGUUGAAUGCAAAUCUGGAUUGUUGUUGAAUCUUUCACAUUCUUGUAUGUCAACACUUGAUGAUAGUUGUGAAGAAGGAAGUGAAAAGGGAUGUAACAGAUGUGCUAAAGGUAUGUAUCAUGAAAAGACAACAGAUGAUUGUGAAAGUUGUGAUGAACAAUGCAAAGAAUGUUUUGGAAAUCAAUUAUUUUGUACCUCCUGUGAAGCUGGGUAUUACUUGAGUGGGAACGCUUGCAAGUCAAAUCAUGAUUUGUUAGAGACGUGUGAUAAAAUAGUAUCCUUUGGGAAUGGAUGUGUUGAGUGUAAAAUUGGAUAUUACAAGAGUGGAUUUGAAUGUAUUCAAUGUGAUGAAAAGUGUGAGAGUUGUAUCAUGAAUAACACAUGCAUUACUUGCAAUUCGACCAACUACAGAACAAUCAGUGGUGAUUGUGCACCUCGAAGUUAUAUCGUUGGAUGUGCAAAUGAAAUUGAUGAUUAUGGAUGUUCGCGUUGUCUUGUUGGAUAUUAUCAAAUCAACAACAAUGAGUGUUCAGAAUGUAAGAACGGGUGUUCUGUUUGUUCAUCAAGUGAUGAAUGUACAUCAUGUUUUGACAAUUAUGUGCUCCUUGACUUGAAUUGUGUUUGGUAUACAACCAUAGAUAAAUGUGUUGAGUCAAGAAACUCUGUGUGCACCAAAUGUGACUUUUGGGAUCGUCCGAGUGACAACGGAAAAUAUUGUGAAACACAUGCAGUGUGGUGGGUGAUUCUGUUAUCCAUUAUCGGAGUCUUCUUGUUCUUCAUGUUUCUAAUAUUCAUCACUGCAUUUAUUAUCUUUAAGAACAUCUCUGCAAAGAAAGCUCUGGCUGAUGCCAAUCUCUUUAAAAUGAAUAAGUCCAACAUUACAUUUAGAGACUUGGGAGAUGGGAUCUUAUCGAAUUGUGACACAAUGGAAAUAACACGAAAUGAACCAUUUGAUAUUGACUCUGAACAAUGUCAACUCUUUUGUAUUGGGAAUACCAACAAACGCCAAGUGAAAAUACAAUUGACAGUUAAAGAAGAGUCACUCAAGUACAAAAUCCGGUUUGACCCUCCAGUUAUAAUAAUACCACAUGGAUAUGCAUGUGAACUGAGGAUGUAUAUCACUGUGUUUUGUACAACACAUAUAAAGGAAGAAAUUGCGUUGUGUUGUAACUUCCAUGGAGAAGAGCUAAUUAAGAACAUCAAGUUCGAAGCAAAGACGAAAGUUUCUUCUCGUCUUGAUCCUGAUGAAUUGCAUGAGGUCAAGAAAAUUGGAGAAGGGACGUUUGGUGUUGUGUUUAUAGGUGAUUUCAGAGGCAACAAAGUAGCGAUCAAAAAGAUGAAAAACACGUCGAGUGAUGAGAUGUACUUCGAGUUUGAAAAGGAGAUAUCUAUGCUUGAUAAAAUGCGGUCUGACUAUGUUAUACACUUCUAUGGAGCGGUGUACCUUCCAGGUAAAGUGAGUAUGGUCACUGAAUUUGCUGCAUAUGGAUCACUUUAUGGAUACAGAACGAAGACUCGAAGAGAAGAAGUGAUGAUGAAAUUGCGAGUUAAGUUUAUGAUAGACUUGGGGCGAGGGUUAAUUUACUUGCAUGGUUGCGGAGUGUUGCAUCGAGACAUCAAACCUGACAAUUUAUUAGUGAUGAGUGUUAAUGCGAAUGACACUGUUAAUGCUAAACUAACUGAUUUUGGGACAUCAAGAGGGUAUAGUCUUAUGAUGACGAACAUGACGUUCACGAAAGGAGUUGGGACACCGAUAUACAUGGCACCAGAGAUAUUAGAGAAGAGAUAUUACACAAAAAGUGCUGAUGUGUAUUCAUAUGGAAUUACAUUAUACGAAUGCUUGUCUUGGAAAGACCCAUACCCUGGAGAUGACCCAAAGUUCAAGUAUCCGUGGAAUGUAGCAGACUAUGUAGUUAAGUGUGGAAGACCAGAAAAAUGCGAAUGUCUGACUGCUGAGAUGUAUCAACUAAUGAAUGAAAGCUGGGACGCAAGCCCUCAGAAAAGAAUAUCUGUUGAUGAAAUUGUCUGUAGACUCAACGAGAUUUAUGGAAAACUCGAAUAA